AUGUCUUUCGCAACACGGACGACCACUACCCUCCUCCGCCCCAGCCGCCUCCUCAUCACCAGCGCUUCCAGAACAACACCCAUCACGGGACGCCUCUUCUCUUCCACAGCCGUCAGCAUGGUCCGGAUCAGCGAGGCCAUCAAGAAAGACCACGACGACCUGCGCGAGGCGCACCGCCGGAUCCUCGACGCUACCACGCACGACGAAAAGGUCCGCUGGCGCAACCAGUUCACCUGGGAGCUCGCCCGGCACUCGAUUGGCGAGGAGCUCGUCGUGUACCCGGCGUUCGAGGAGCACCUGGAGAACGGCAAGGCCAUGGCCGACCAUGACCGCGCCGAGCACCAGACGGUCAAGGAGGAGCUCGCAAAGUUUGAAAACCUCGACCCCGAGGACCCCAAGUUCAGCUCGACCCUCGACAACCUCUGGGCCAACCUGGACAAGCACAUGGCCGACGAGGAGGCCAACGACAUGCCGGCGCUAGACUCGGCGCUGGGCAGCGAGGCCCACUCGGACAAGCUGGUCCGGUCCUUCAGCCGGACCAAGAAGUUCCUCCCCACGCACUCGCACCCCAACGCGCCGGACCAGCCGCCCUUUGAGACGGCCGUGGGGCUCCUGGCCGCGCCGAUCGAUCAUAUCCGGGACCUGUUUAGGAAGUUCCCCGAGGAUGCCAAGACGGGAGAGCUGCCGCCGUAG